AUGGCCAACCCAGACUAUAGAGAGAGAAUCAACUUCAACAUCACUACUGGAUCACUAGAGAUGAAGAGUCUCACUCUGAAUGAUAGUGGGUCUUAUCAGAUAAACAUUAAAACCUCAGGAGAAUCUGCAGUCCAACAUGUCAGCCUCGAAGUGUUGGCACAAGUGUCUCAUGUCAUAAUACAAGCCAAUGCCACUGAGCUAGUGGAGUUCAAUGACUCUGUCAGCCUGACAUGCUCCGCCUCUGGUUCCUCUCCCACAUUCCAUUGGCUCAACGGCAGCUCUGACAUCAUAGUCAGUGAACGAGUUCAUCUGAGUGCUGACAAUCGCACUCUCACCAUUAGUCCUGUUUUGAGAUCAGAUCAGGAGCCAAUAUACUGCAGUGUGACCAAUAUCGUCAGUAAUACCACC